AUGUGUAUCCAAAGGAGGGUGGCUAUUAGCCAAUUUUCUAGUAGUGACAUGCAUGAAGCGAAUGUCAUUGAUGAAAUUGUUAAAGAGAUAUCAACCAAAAUAAUGAAAUGCACCCCUUUAAAUGUGGCAAAAUAUCCUGUUGGAAUAGAAUCUUGUGUAGAAGACAUACGUAAGCAGUACUUAAAUGUAGGGCAAGACAAUAGUCACAUGGUAGGGAUAUGGGGAAUUGGCGGAAUAGGAAAGUCAACACUUGCAAAAGCUAUUUAUAAUUCAAUUAGCCAUAAGUUUGAACAUAGCUGUUUCUUGAGUAUUGUUAAAGAAGCGUCAUUUUCAAAUGGAGAUCUUGUCCCGCUACAAAACGAAUUUCUUUCUAAGAUUAUAGAGAGGAAUCCACCUAAGGUGUCCAAUGCUUCUGAAGGAAUCAAUGUGUUGGAGCAAAAACUACGCCAGAAAAGGGUUCUCUUAGUUCUUGAUAAUGUGAACCACUUGGAUCAGUUAAAAGCACUUGCUGGAGAGUGUGAUUGGUUUGGUCCAAGUAGUAGAAUUAUCAUAACAACAAGAGAUAAACAUUUGCUACAUGCUCAUGUAGUCAAUACCAAUUCAAUAUAUGAGGUCAAGGAAUUAAAUCAUCAAGAUGCUUCAAGGCUCUUCAAUUUAAAUGCCUUCAAAAGUGAUAUAUGUCCGGAUGGCUUCUUUGAACUUGCAACUGAGGUAAUACAUUAUGCUAAAGGGAUUCCGUUAGUUUUGGAAGUUUUGGGGUCAGACCUAUGUAGUAAAAAGGAUAAGGAUGUGUGGAAAGCUGCAUUAGAGUAUUACAAGAGUUGUCCUAACAAAGAGAUUCAAAAAACUCUCCAAAGAAGUUACGAUGGAUUGCAUGAUCAGAUAAAAGAAAUUUUUCUUCAUAUUGCAUGUUUCUAUAAAGGUAGCCAAAAAAGCUAUGUGAUUGAUGUACUAUAA